AAUGGAUGAAGAGUGUGCGAGUUCUCUUAGAUCCUCUCCAAAGAGUCCAUUUGUUACGAUAAAGCUCGGUCAUAUACCUUCACCAAUUCAUGCUCUUCGAACAAAUGUUGUUGAAUCAAGAGCUAGCCGAAUUAGCGCCAGACGAUUUCCGCCUCGAUAUAAAUUGCCUACUGUGUCAGUUCGACAAGCUAACAAGAAAGUGGUCGGAAAUAAUUAUAGCGACAAGGUCAUAGGCUGGGAUGAAGCUACGAAUCAUAGACCUCCGUUAAGAAUUGAUAUGGACGGACCAACACCAUGGACUUACACUCCAAGAAAUAAACCACUAAAAGAAACUAAUUCGCCAUGUUGGAGUUUUGGUCGACGAACAUUUGUUGAAAAACCUGGUGGCAGCCGAACAGCUUGGGAAAAAACAUGGUUUCAGCAGCCAAAUAUAUGGACUCAGAAGACGGAUUUUCUACAUGAUAGCAAAUGGCCAUCACCUGUGCACUAUAAGCAAAGGGCUCCUCUUGGUAGGAGCCAGAAUUAUGCUCCAGAAGCUCCACAAUUUUCCAUUGGAAACAGACGAGAAAAAGACGAUAAAAUUAAAGAAAAUAACCCACCACCUAAUCAAUACGACGUUAAAACACUCUGUCGAAGCGCUCCAUCUUUUACUCUGGGAAGUAGGAUUAAUGGAACGAUUCUUUUACCAAUGAAAGGGGAUUCAACGCCGGCGCCGGGGACAUAUAAUCCAAACCAAAAUAUUGUUAAAACAAAACAACCGAGAUAUUCAGUAAUCGGAUAUCGAAGGGAAAAGAGUCAUGAAUAUGGGCCGUUUGCGACUCUAUAA